AUGCUUUGUGAGUAUGAAAAUGACCCCAAGUUGGAAUUUAAUGCUCAUGAGAGGGAUGUCUUGUCUGAAAUCGUAGUUAAUGAAAAUAAUAGUCAAGAAUCGUUGGUCACAACUAAAGAGAAAAUACGAGCUCACCAAUCAACAGAAUACGAACUGGAUACCUUUAGUGUUAAAUUGUAUGAAGAUAAGAUCAACUUGGCAUCAAAAAUAGGGCGACCUGUGCUGGACCCGAUAUCUCGUUGGGACUUUGACGUUGAAGAACUACCAUACGCUCCAAUUGUGAAAAUAAUAGAUUUUUAUGAGUUUGAUGGUACUCUUUUCAAAUCCCCAGUUUUAAAUGAUGAACUGUUCCGUCGUAGUUCGAUACAUAUGAUAGAAUCAGGAGCAGGGCUAAGAGAUAUUGACUGGUGGAACUUUCAUGAAGCCUGGAGCUGUUAUACCAAUGAAUCUGUCAGAGAUAAUAAGAAAUGGAAGGAUUGUUGGUCUCUUCCUAUACGGGAGUUAAUGAAGAGUUCCAAGCAAAGUGAUACCACUGUGUGCGUAUUGAUUUGUUCUUUAAGAGACGCAGAAAUGUACAACGAUCUACGUGAAGUACUAGCCUCCGAAGACAUAGCGGCAGAUGCUAUUAUUACCCGACCAAAGCAUAUACCAACGGCUGAUUUUAAGAAGAUCGUCGUACUGGAUUUCUUACACUACUAUAGCAUGUGUCAAGAGGUCAACAUUUACGAUUGGGAUAAAGAAUUUUUAACCUCAAUGGACCAAUUAUUUCUGAAAUGGUCGAAUAAUGGAGAUUCCAUGAUUGAUGGCACUACCGUGAUUACUCCCCGUUUAUAUUCACAUCUGGAUCCACUCAUAGAAAGACAAUUGGUGGAGAACCUCAUUGAUGAACACAACCGAAGACUAGUAGAAUUCCAAGAUCAAAAUUUAGAUUGCUUGACCGUUAGACAGUCGUUGUUAGGUACAGUGUAUUUUUUGACUCAAACUACAAGGAUAGAAGUUUUGAAGCAUUGCAUUGAGAACCAAAAAGACUUUCUACCGGAUGAUACUGACAGUUUAGUGUUUGAGUGUGAGGAAAUCUAUAUUUCCCUGAACAAUUCCCAGAGUGCAAUCAAAGCUCUUGGGGGGAUAGGAGCUCAGAUUAGAUUUGGAGUUUCCCAUUAUGGGUCGUUUGAUGAUCAAUUCUAUGCUCUCAAGUUGUUAGGAGACAAAGAACUUCCUAGCUUGACUAAGAGCCCUAUAUUGUUGAUAGCCCGACAUACUGAUGCAAUUGUGAAGCCAUUAGAUUGUGACAAGAUCACCAACUGGCAAGUGAUGGACGAUCUCUUAUUGGUAAACACUGUUGUGGGGAAUAAAGGAUAUCUUAAAGUGAAAAAGAUGUAG